CUCUACCAAACCAAAAACAGGGGCAGCAGAAAAGCACGGAGCACGGAGUUCCACAGGGCUUGACGCUGUCCUUAAUAUUUCCCCGGGCUGACGGUGUGAACUGGGGCCGAUUAAGGUUAUUGGGGCCCUUCGUUCUCGCGAUUUCCUAAUCCGGGCUGCCAUGACGCUCACUUUCGGGCGGUGCUGGCGUGGGUGGUGAUGGCGUGCGAUGGUCCAAGGGGGAAUAAAUAGAACGUGAUGCCGCCGGUCCUGGAGAUGGGAAGAUCUGUUCAGCAUCACAAGCAAUCAAGCAACAAAGCAACAGCAUCUCUUACACAUCAUCACCUUCAAGCAUCAUCAUCCUUUAAUAUCUCUUCUCUAUUUAAUACAACAUCUUGCCACUUCUUGAGAAAAAUCUCAUCACUUACACCACAACUUCACCACCACAAACUCACAAAAUGGCCAUCCCCAACCGCAAAGUCGUCAUCACCUCCUUCGGCCCUGCUGCCACCAGCCUCGAAAUCGUAAACUCCACCAUCGCCCCCCCUCCCAAAAACCACGUCCAAGUCAAAAUCUACUACGCAGGCUUCUCCGGCGCCGACAUCAACAUGCGCCUCGGCAUCUACCCCCUCCAAAAGUCUGCCCCCCUCACCCCCGGCUACUGCUUCGCCGGCCGGGUCACCGCCAACGGGCCCGGCUGCUCAAAGUUCAAGCCCGGCGACAUGGUCACCGCCAUGACCAAAUACGACUCGGAUGCAGAGUACAUCAACAUUGAGGAGAAGCACCUCAUCGCUAUUCCCGAGGGCGUUGAUCCCAAGCAAGCUGCUGCUAUGGCUCUUGAUUGGACUACUGCCUACGGCAUGGUUAACCGCACUGCAAAGGUCAAGGCUGGCCAGCGCGUCUUCAUCCACGGUAUUAGCGGCGCUGUCGGCCAAGGCAUCAUGUAUCUCUGCCUCCUCCAGGGUGCAACCGUCUACGGCACUGCCGCUGAGCGAAACCACGCCGCUCUUAAAGAAGCUGGCGCCCAUCCCUUCCUCUACACCAACAAGGACUGGAUGCGCGCCAUGAAAGAUCUCGGCGGUGUUCACGCCGUCUUCGAUGCCCUAGGCUUUGAGAGCUUUGACGAGUCUUAUGAUAUCCUGUCAAGCGCCGAGAGGAGCGUCGUCGUCGCCUACGGUAACAACCUCUCUACUCUGACCAACGGCAAGACGCGCUCCAUUUGGCCCCCCAUGUUCAAGCUGCUGUUCAAGGCGCUCUACUUUUGGUCCAACAAGACGACCAGAUUCUUUGGAAUUACCCGCAACCAGUCCUCUUUCCAGCCUACAUUCCGUCUGCUGCUCGACAUGGUCAAGGAGGGCACCAUCAAAGUGCCCAUCAAGGCAGUCUGGGAACUCGACGAUAUCAAGCAGGCUCACGAGGCUUGGGGCAAGGGCGCCGGUAUGGGAUCGCCUCUUAUCCGCAUUGCCCCCGAAGCCUAAGACAUCAUCUUUAAUACUUGUUUCCUUUGUUGCUGCUGUUAUAUAAUAUCAAGUCAAAACGUUGUCUGGAUUUACCUGUCUUUCAUUUGGUUUUCUCAUUUUUAAUUCCCACAUAGACCGAUAUCGUCUCUUUUUUACAAUAGCGAAUAAUUAAUAGCCAAAUCAAUUUAAUAGAAAAAUAUAAUACAUCUCAUAUCUCA